UCAACGACGGUAGUUAAAAAACAUAACACAACGGCGUCGUUUUAUGAAAGAGUCGCCACCGAAGAAGGGUCGUCUCGGAGAAGCUUCAGAUGUUAUUAUUCCGGCCACUGAUUUGUUGUUCCUCCGAUGUGCCGACUUGAUUCUUCCAUGGCUAAACCCUCAAGAGCUAGCCGUUGUUUCUCAAACCUGCAAAGCCUUAUCCCUAAUUUCGAAAUCUAUCACCACUCACCGAUCCCAUGACGCUGCACGGUUCUUCGAAAACAUCGCAAUCCCGUUUCGUAACUCAGUCGAUUCUCAGCGGUACGCGUAUUUCAUCUACACACCGUUUCAGAUCCCCGCUUCGUCUCUUCCGUCGCGUCAAUGGUGGGGAUCCGAGUCGACGAGACCUUCUGAUCUUGACUCGGUGAGUGAAGUCGGACGUUUUGGGGUGAGUUUAGUGGACGAGUCAGGAGAGAGGAUGUGUGGAUGCGAGUGCGAGAGGUGUGAGGAAGGAUACUGCAAGUGUUUAGCUUUCACGGCGGGGAUGGAGGAGAUUGCUAACGAGUGUGGGUCGGGUUGUGGAUGCGGGUCGGAUUGUUCGAACCGGGUUACACAAAAGGGGAUUUCAGUUGGUUUGAAGGUUGUUAGAGAUGAGAAGAAAGGUUGGUGCUUGUACGCUGAUCAGCUUAUCAAGCAAGGCCAAUUCAUCUGUGAAUAUGCAGGUGAGCUAUUAACAACAGAUGAAGCACGUAAACGUCAAAGUAUCUACGACAAACUCAGGUCAACACAAUCCUUCGCUUCGGCACUUUUGGUUGUACGCGAGCACCUCCCUUCAGGAAACGCUUGUUUAAGAAUAAACAUCGACGCCACGAGAAUUGGGAACAUUGCUAGAUUCAUCAACCAUUCUUGUGACGGUGGGAAUCUCUCCACCGUUCUGUUGAGAAGCUCGGGGGCGUUGCUUCCUCGGCUCUGUUUCUUUGCAGCAAGGGACAUAUUUGCAGAGGAAGAGUUAACUUUCAGUUAUGGAGAUGUCAGUGUCAAUGGAGAGAACAAGUUGAAUUGCUGUUGCGGUAGUUCCUGCUGUAUUGGAACGUUGCCUUGUGAGAAUACCUGAUUUCAUCAUCACCUUGUCCUUUAUCUAUACUAAUGUAUUAAAACUCUUAUUAUUUGACUUUCGAGUUUAUUUAUCUAGCAAGAUACAACCAA